GGGCGGUACGCACUGCACUAGCUACAGUCGCCGACAGUCUGCUUGCGGCAUGGAUGUCUUUCGCCAACUUGGAGCUGGUGCAAAAUUCGAUUUGAAGAGAUUCAGGAGUGAUGCAGAAAAAUUUCAGAUUAUAAAACCUACUGGGAAGCAGCUUCCACAACAAGACAUCAUUAAAGCUUUGGAUAUCUUUGGAAACAACAAAAGAAGCUUGGAUGAAACACAUAAAAUAAAUGCCACAAAGAAACAAAAAGUUUCUGCUGGUGAGACGGUUACAACAAGUGAACAUGGUAAUUCUAAAGGGUCUGGAAGAACUGAAAAGAUAAAGGCAAUCCGCAAAAGGAAUCGGAUCCAUGUUCAAGGGGAGGAUAUUCCUGACCCGGUGGAGACGUUUGGAGAGCUGCAGGAGGAAUAUGGACUCUCUGAUGAUGUCAUCCAGAACAUUAUGGAGGUUGGGUACCACGCGCCCACGCCAAUCCAGAUGCAAGCCAUACCAAUACUUAUGCAUCGUCGUGAGCUCCUAGCAUGUGCACCCACUGGCUCAGGAAAGACAGCUGCCUUUCUGCUGCCAGUAAUACAUCAGCUAAAGGGUCCGCAGAAGAAAGGUUUCCGUGCUGUGGUGCUUUCGCCAACGAGGGAGCUCUCUCAACAGACAUACAGGGAAUUAAUGAGAUUAUCCAAGGGCAGCGGACUCCGCGUACACACCAUCGAAAAUGGGGCUAAGGCAGCGCAGAAGUUUGGACCUCACACUGCACAGAAAUUUGAUAUCCUUGUCUCAACACCCAACAGAUUGGUUUACCUUCUCCAGCAAGAUCCUCCCGCCAUCAGAUUAAAUAAUGUUGAAUGGCUGAUUAUAGAUGAAUCGGAUAAGCUUUUCGAGGAGGGGAAAACCGGCUUCAGGGAUCAGCUUGGAAUCAUCUACCAAGCCUGUGACUCGUCUCAAGUCCGGCGUGCAAUGUUCAGUGCGACCUUUGCCUUUGAUGUACAGCAGUGGUGCAGGAUGAAUCUCGAUAAUGUAGUGACGGUCAGUGUUGGUGCUAGAAACACAGCCAAUGAAAAAAUCGAUCAAGAACUGACCUUUGUCGGGAGUGAAUCGGGAAAGCUUCUUGCUGUACGGAAUAUGUUCAGUAAGGGCUUUGUUCCUCCAGUCCUGGUCUUUGUACAGUCUAAAGAGAGGGCCAAAGAACUGUUCCAGGAACUGAUUUAUGAUGGUUAUAAUGUAGAUGUCAUCCACUCUGACAAGACACAAACACAGAGGGACAACAUCGUGAAGGCUUUCCGAGCGGGUAAGAUCUGGGUGCUGAUUGCCACUGAACUGAUGGGGCGUGGCAUAGACUUCAAGGGCGUCAACCUUGUCAUCAACUAUGACUUCCCGACGUCGGCGGUCAGUUACAUCCACCGGAUAGGACGAACGGGAAGGGCGGGGCGCAACGGAAGGGCAGUCACAUUCUUCACAGAAGACGAUACAAUUCACUUACGAAGCAUUGCCAAUGUGAUGCGUAAUGCGGGCUGCCCAGUACCUGAUUACAUGCUGCAGAUUAGGAAACUGUCAAAGAGAAAGAAGCGAUCCUUAGAGAGGAAUCCAGUGAAACGGGAUACCAUCAGAACACUCCCUAAAGAUGAACUACGCAAGGCAAAGAGAAAAACGGAGUUGAUGAAAAGGAAACAUGGCAAGAAGCAAUCUUCCAUCUCAGAGAGUAACACAGAGAAGGAUCAAUUAAAUGAUUCUGCGCCACCAAAGUCAAAAAGGAGGAAAGGAGAAAAGGAAGAUGUGAAUAAGAGUGAAAGAAUCAGUGAAGGAACAUCAGGGAAGAAGAAGAAGCAAAAAGUUAAGAAAAAGAAGAAGAAACCAGCAUUAUAGCCUGAAGAACUUUGGUCGGACAAUUGCACCAACGGUUGUGAUUAUAGUUUAUACAUGAAUGUGGAAUAUCAUCAUUUUGUUAUUCUGCUAUCUUUAUGCUUCCGCCCGUGAUAGGUGGUUGCCGUAAGCAUUUUGUCUUCGGGUCGUCUGACAUCU